CGCUGCUGCCCCACCGGAUCGGCCCAAGGAGGAGCCCCCCUGCACGCCCCUUCCCGUGCUGCUGGCCCCGCGCCUGGGAACCGCCAGGCUUAAGUAGCCAAAGAUGAGUCGUGGAUUCUCAGAAAACAAUAACUUCCCCUAUGACAACAACCAGAUGGUUCUGGAUAUGAUCCUGUGUUCCCUGAUUGGGGUUCCCCAGCCCAUCAACUGGGACAGUGUGGCAAGGCUGGUUCCAGGAUACACCUCCAAAGAAUGUGCAAAAAGGUUUGAUGAGCUAAAAAGCAGUGGAAGUUCACCUGUUGACAACCAAUAUAACCCCCUGAUGGCUGCUGGUGGGAGUCCUGUGGAAACUUUAGCUACGUACAUCAAAUCCUCCUUGCUCCAUUCCCAGCCAGAGUUUCAGGAGCCUGCUAUUGGGCAGGAUUCCAUUACUAUCACUGGAAGGCCCAGUGCAGCCUCCACAAGGAGCUGUUCUUCAGAAUCUGAGAAAGGUCCUGUCCAAAACAGUGGGGAAAGCACUGAUGAAACCCAGGGGCCCAAUAUGGUGAUCCAUGUGUGUGACGAAGCCAAAAACCUGAAAGAAGAUUUUGUGUGUCCUCGAGACCUUUUGAUCUCAGAGAUGAAAUACUUUGCUGAGUACCUGUCGGUGGAUGCCCAGCGCUGGGAGGAGGUGGAUAUUUCUGUGCACUGUGACGUUCACAUCUUUGACUGGCUGAUAAGAUAUGUCAAAAGGAACUCCAAGGAGUCUGAGACUGAUGAAAUGCCCACUUUAGAACCAUCAAAUGUCAUCUCAAUCCUUAUUUCUUCUGAGUUUUUGAAGAUGGAUUCAUUAGUAGAGAAAUGUAUUCAUUAUUGUCACAAAAAUAUGAACGCUAUUGUAGCCACGCCGUGUAACAUGAACUGUAUCAACGCUAAUCUUGUUACACACAUUGCUGAUCUCUUCAGGCACAAUGAGGUGGAAGAGCUGAAGGACAAAAGAGACAAAUUUAAGAGUAAACUUUUCUGCAAGAAGAUUGAGAGACUGUUUGAUCCUGAGUAUGUAAAUCCAGAUUCUAGAGGAAAUGCAGCAACUUUAUACAGGUGCUGUUUAUGUAAAAAGUUGCUAACCAAAGAAACUGAAAGGAGAAUACCCUGUGUACCAGGAAAAAUCAACAUAGACCAACAUGGGAAUAUUGUCUAUGUUCAUAUAAGAGACAAAACCUGGGAAGUGCAUGAGUAUUUAAUUGGCCUUCACGAGGAGCUGAAAUCCUGGCGGGACGUUUACUGGCGUCUUUGGGGGACGGUCAACUGGCUGACCUGCUCAAGAUGUAACCAGUCUUUCCUGUGCACUGAGUUCUCCCACUGCCAGUACCACUCGCAGCCAGUUCUUUAUCCAGGUGUAGCAAGUGCUCUGGGCUCCACUGGCACAGGAGUUUAUCCCUGCUGUAACCAAAAAGUUCUUCGGUUUGACCCCACAACCCUCCCAAAGGGCUGCAAAGUGAGGGAUCAUGUGGUGGAGUUACCUCCAGAAAGCAAAGAUGGGGAGGCUCUGCCAUCUCAGAGUGAAGAGGGGGAUGCUCUGCCCUCUCAAAGUGAAGAGGGGGAUGCUCUACCAUCUCAGACUGCUCAGAUCUUGAAUGAUCUGCUGCAUCAUAGGGAUGUUAUAGUUGUUCCUUUCACUAAGGAUGAGAAUAGUGAUUCUGGUAUUGGGCUUGGUGAUGACAAAGGCCUUGAAUGUGAUGUGCUUGUAGAACCAAAUACACCAUGGGGCCCCAAAACUGGAGAGAUCAAUGCUUUUUUGUCUCUGAAGAACUGGACUUUGCAGCUGAAGCAGCAAUCGCUGUUAUCUGAAGAGGAGGAGUACACCACGGGCUCAGAGGUCACUGAGGAUGAAGUGGGGGAUGAAGAAGAAGUGUGCAAGAAACCAGCAGGGAGAAAGGAGAAACUAAAGAAAUCCUACAGGCACCCAAAGAAAGCAGUUUCUUCACCUAGUGUUCAGAAAAGGGAGAAGCCAUCUGAUAAGUCAAGUUCCCGAGACGCUUCUCCUUUCAUUGUGAGCAUGCAGCAGAACAAGUGGGAUGCCUCCAGGUCCCUGAGAUACAACCAAGAUGCUCAAAGAGAAGAUGAUCAGAGAAGAAUGUCUGAGAUCACAGGGCACUUAAUAAAAAUGAGACUGGGAGACCUUGAUCGAGUCAAGUCCAAAGACAGCAAAGAAUAUGCAGGAGGCAUUUAUUCCAGGCUUGAAGCUCAGAUAAAAGCCUCAGCACAGGUCAGUGCACGACAAAGCAACGCUGAGAAGAAUCCCAGGUCAAAAACCCGUUUUGGCCCAGGCCGUCCCACAUGAGGAGUCAUGGACAUGCUUUAGCCAGAACUCAUUACUGCUUCCUGAAACUCCACUGCACUCUGACAAUGGACAAUGCACAUCUCUGAAAGCUUGCCAGUGACUUAUUUAUUACUUUAAGCCUUGUAAAUUAUUUUGUGCUAUAAAUGAAUGCAAACCCAAUAAGGUCUGUACUUAUUUUAAUUGUAAAUAUACUAUUUGUUAAAGUUAAAUUUAAUUGCUUUUUUUAGGCUAUUGCGUUAAGUUGCAUAGAAAAUAUUUUAUAAAUCUACAAAAUUAAAUUAUCAGACUAACUUUAUUUAUGGGGGAAGAUACAAAUAUGCCUUUUGGUAUGCUAGAAAUACUGAAAAGGAAAAAGCAAGACUACUGAGUUCUGAAUGCAGUCAGCAGCAUUAACCCAAGUCUCCUUGUGUAUUUAUAUUGUGUUGUAUUUGAUGGUACAUUUUAGGUCAGUCUUCUGGGGAUUUGCAUUCAAAGUCCAUGACAAUACCUGAGACUUAGACUAGUUUAGGCAAAAUUUUCAUGCAGUUCUGAGAUUCCUUGUGUACAUCACACAACUCCCACUCCUCUGAAGGUGGGUAGCAGGUAGGGACUAGACCUCCAAAGAUGCUUUCAGUGCUGUGAUGGUGCAGCAUUGCAUCUUGCAUGUGAACCACUUGCUUUUUCUUGGAUGUGAAAUCUGUACCCAUCCCCAUUCCUGACCCCUCCUGCACAGGACAGUGCUUUGUUCCCUUCUAAAACCCAAAGCUUGUGAUGCAAAGCAGUUCUCUCUCUAACUGAUGCUAUGCCACUAAAUUUCUGAACAGAUCUGUUAUUAAUUUCUGCAUCAUUCAACAGAGAUGUAUCCCUACAAAGGCUUGUGCAUGUCAAUCUUUUGGGUCUAGUUACUCCCUGAAACCUGCCUGAUUAACACUGUUUAGAAGUCAGAUGCACUUUCAAGUUCUGUAUUUGGAGCAAUAGAACACAAAUCCAGGGCUACCAAAAUGAAAUAACUUGCCUAGAAAAUAUGUUGCAUAUUAGCAGAGAAAAUGGCAAUAAUAAUAAUAAUAAUGAUGAAUGCUGAAUUCAAGGAAACACAUUCUGACUUUUUGAAACAGGUAGAAAGAGAGCUCAGGGAAAGCUUAUUCCAACUCCUGGCUGUACAAUAAAUGGGGAGUUUGGAAUUAAGUCAGCAAGU